UUAUAAAAACCUAGCUCCAUCGUGUUCUCAAACCCUCAGACGCAGUCGGCCGCCACAGACCGGGAGAAGCCGACGCGCCGCCACCGAAUCCUCAGAUCAGCGGCGAGCCGUAACCGCGCCACUCUGCUGCCGCCCGACGAGCAGCGUAACAGUUUCCUGCAGCCAUGGGUAAGGAGAAGACUCACAUAAACAUUGUGGUCAUUGGCCAUGUCGACUCUGGCAAGUCGACCACCACUGGCCACCUGAUCUACAAGCUUGGUGGUAUUGACAAGCGUGUGAUCGAGAGGUUCGAGAAAGAGGCUGCGGAGAUGAACAAGAGGUCGUUCAAGUAUGCGUGGGUGCUUGACAAGCUCAAGGCUGAGCGUGAGAGAGGUAUCACAAUUGAUAUUGCCCUGUGGAAGUUCGAGACCACCAAGUACUACUGCACUGUCAUUGAUGCUCCUGGACACCGUGACUUCAUCAAGAAUAUGAUCACUGGUACUUCCCAGGCUGACUGUGCUGUUCUUAUCAUUGACUCCACCACUGGUGGUUUUGAGGCUGGUAUCUCCAAGGAUGGCCAGACCCGUGAGCAUGCUCUCCUUGCUUUCACACUUGGAGUGAAGCAGAUGAUUUGCUGCUGCAACAAGAUGGACGCCACCACACCCAAGUACUCGAAGGCCCGUUAUGAUGAGAUUGUGAAGGAAGUCUCUUCUUACCUGAAGAAGGUUGGAUACAACCCAGACAAGAUCCACUUUGUUCCCAUCUCUGGUUUUGAAGGUGACAACAUGAUUGAGAGGUCCACCAACCUUGACUGGUACAAGGGCCCAACCCUGCUUGAGGCUCUGGACUUGAUCAAUGAGCCAAAGAGGCCUUCAGACAAGCCACUGCGUCUCCCCCUUCAGGACGUGUACAAGAUUGGUGGUAUUGGAACUGUUCCUGUCGGGCGUGUUGAGACUGGUAUCAUCAAACCUGGUAUGGUUGUUACCUUUGGUCCUAGUGGCCUUACAACUGAGGUUAAGUCUGUUGAGAUGCACCACGAGGCUCUCCAGGAGGCCCUUCCUGGUGACAAUGUUGGCUUCAAUGUUAAGAAUGUUGCUGUGAAGGAUCUGAAGCGUGGGUAUGUGGCCUCCAACUCCAAGGAUGACCCUGCCAAGGAGGCUGCUAGCUUCACCUCCCAGGUCAUCAUCAUGAACCAUCCUGGGCAGAUCGGCAACGGCUACGCCCCAGUGCUGGACUGCCACACCUCACACAUUGCUGUCAAGUUUGCUGAGCUGGUUACCAAGAUUGAUAGGCGAUCUGGCAAGGAGCUUGAGAAGGAGCCCAAAUUCCUCAAGAACGGUGAUGCUGGUAUGGUGAAGAUGGUUCCCACCAAGCCCAUGGUGGUGGAGACCUUCUCUGAGUAUCCUCCUCUUGGUCGCUUUGCUGUCCGGGACAUGAGGCAAACGGUGGCUGUUGGAGUCAUCAAGAGUGUGGAGAAGAAGGACCCAACUGGAGCCAAGGUGACCAAGGCUGCCGCCAAGAAGAAAUGAUGCGCCUCUGUUUGCUCGUGGGAUACCUAGUUGAAACUUCAAAAAUAUAUCGUCAUUGCUGUUGCUGUUAUCGCUUGAGCAACUAAACUGUGCUGGCAAUGUUUGUCUGGUCCAUCUAGUACUGUUAUUUUUGCUAAAACCAGGGUGCUGUUGAGACUCAAUUCUGUUAUUUUUGUAUCGAACAACGGGUGUUAGCCAUAUAUGGUUGAGUUUUUGUUACUACCGGUGUUGCAGUGUUUUUCUGAACUUAUUUUGCUGUUUCUAAAUAGCUGAUGAUUCGCUCGUC